GACAUACAACCCUCAGUGGCAAACUGAUCUCCCACGCGUAUGCGCAUGCGCAAUGUACAUGUCUAGAGCAGCCGGGUACAGAGGACAGUGUGAAGGAAGCAUUUAAGCUGCUGCGGAGACUCUCCCUUUUCCCGAGUGAGCCAUGGCCCAGUUCGGGGGGCAGAAGAACCCGCCAUGGGCGACUCAGUUCGCCACUGGUGCGGUGUCCCAGCCUGGCCACUCUGGACAGUCUCUUGACCUAAACAGCUUACACUCUCUCGGAGUGCAGCAGCCAUCGCUUCUAGGAGCUUCUCCUUCAAUGUACGCACCGCAGUCCGCCUUGGCAGCCGCCUCCCUUGGCAACCAGUCUGCAGCAAACUACCAGCUCUCCCAGCAGACCGCCGCCCUGCAGCAGCAGGCUGCAGCUGCUGCAGCCGCCGCAGCUUUGCAGCAGUCUCAGAUCAAUACUGCCCUACAGCAGUAUCAACAGCAGCAGCAGCAACAGCAGCAGCAGCAGCAGCAGCAACAACAACAACAGCAACAACAACAACAACAACAGCAGCAACAUCAGCAACAGCAACCGCCCCCACAACAACAGAUGUAUAAUGUACCCCAUCAGCAACAGCCACCACCUCCACAGCAGCAGCUGUACAAUGUCCCUCAUCAGCUUCCACAGCCUCAGCAGGCCCUGCUUUCUCAGCUUUCCCUCUCGCAGCCCUCGGGGGCCCUGCCCACCAGCCUGGGCAUGUCCAAUCAGCAGACGGCCCAGAUCACGGUGUCCUAUCCAACGCCGCGCUCCAGCCACCAACCGCAGGCCCAGCCCCAGAAGCAGCGUGUCUUCACCGGCGUGGUCAACAAACUCCACGACACGUUCGGCUUUGUGGACGAGGACGUCUUCUUCCAGCUUAGUGCGGUGAAAGGGAAGACCCCCCAGGUGGGCGACCGGGUCCUAGUGGAAGCAGUCUACAAUCCCAACAUGCCCUUCAAGUGGAACGCACAGCGCAUCCAGACUUUACCUCAGCUCUCCAACCAAUCGCAUCAGCAGCCUCCGCCGUUACCUCAGGCCUCGCAGCAGCUGGGCAACUUCUACGAGCCGCCCAUGCAGCUGCGGUACUCGGACAUGCACUCGGCGCCGGAUAACCGGCAAAACGUAAACCCUUUCCCGAACCAGCCCCCACCCAACAUGAUGAAGCAGGGCCCGCCCAUGAUGCAGUCCUUGCCUCCCCCCAACUCCUUCAACGUCCCCAACCAGGGCCCCCCACCCUCCCUGCUCCAGCCCCAGAUGUCUGCCGCCUCUCUGGCCCCUCUCCUGCAGAACCCACCCCAGCCCCUGCUGCCCCAGCCCCCGCCCAAAGGGGGGGCCCCUGUGUUCGCCCCGGAUGUGUUCUCCGGGGGUCUGCUCCAGCCGCCGGUGAGGAUGAUGCCCCAGCCGCAGCCCGUCAGACGCAUCGAACCGCCCCCACGCUUCCCCAACCGCAUCGACCGCGGCCCCGAGCUCAUCCUGCGGCCCAAGGAGGAGCGCAGCCGUGACAGGGAGCGGGAGCGUCGGCGGUCCCGGGAGCGAUCGCCCACCAGGAAGCGCUCCAGGGAGCGUUCCCCGAGACGGGAGCGCUCGCCCCGCAGGCCUCGCAGGGUGGUCCCUCGCUACACGGUCCAGUUCUCCAAGUUCAGCCUGGACGGCUCCAACUGCGACAUGAUGGAGCUGCGCCGCCGCUACCAGAGCCUGUACAUCCCCAGCGACUUCUUCGGCGCCGUCUUCACCUGGGUGGACGCCUUCCCCCUGCAACGGCCCUUCCAGUUCGGCAACUACUGCAACUUCCAUAUCAUGCACAAGGAGGUGGACCCGCUGGUGAAGAACACAGCCGUGCUGGACCCGCCCGACGCCAACCACACCUAUAGUGCCAAGGUGAUGCUGCUCGCUAACCCCGGUCUAGAGGAGCUCUACCACAAGUCCUGCGCUCUGGCCGAGGACCCUCAGGAACUCCGAGAUGCCUUCCAGCAUCCGGCUAGACUCAUUAAGUUCUUGGUGGGGAUGAGGGGGAAGGACGAGGCCAUGGCCAUCGGGGGCCACUGGUCCCCCUCCCUGGACGGAGCCGAGCCGGAGACGGACCCCUCUGUCCUCAUUAAGACAGCCAUACGCUGUUGCAAGGCCCUCACUGGCAUAGACCUCAGUCUGUGCACCCAGUGGUAUCGCUUUGCAGAGAUUCGCUAUCACCGGCCGGAGGAGAGUCACAAGGGGCGGACAGUCCCCGCACAUGUGGAGACAGUGGUUUUGUUUCUCCCGGAUGUGUGGCAUUGUCUUCCUACCCGCUCAGAGUGGGAGGGGCAUUCGCGGCGACUCCGGGAGCAGCUGGCCGAGAAGCUGUCGGCCGAGCGAAAGGAGGCGGAUGGAGAACAGGAGGAAGAGAAGGAGGACGAGGAAGAUGCUAAGGAGGUCACCAUACCAACCCACUGGGAUAAGCUCGACCCAAAGUCCAUGAAGGUGAACGACCUCCGUAAGGAGCUGGACUGUCGCUCCCUGAGCUCCAAGGGGCUCAAGUCCCAGCUGAUCGCCCGCCUCACCAAGCAGCUGAAGGUGGAGGAGCAGGUGGAGGAGGCCAAGGAGCCGGAGAAACCCGAGGUCAAGGUCCCCGAGGAGGAGGAGCUCCCGCAGGAGGAGGAUAAAGAGGAGGAGGAGCGGCGGAAGCUGGAGGAGCUGGAGCGCCAGCGGCGGGAGCGGCGCUACGUGCUGCCGGAGGAGCCCACCAUCCUGGUGUACCCCAACUGGGCCGCCAAGAGCGGCAAGUUCGACUGCAGCAUCAUGUCUCUGAGCGUGCUGCUGGACUACCGGCUGGAGGACAACAAGGAGCACUCCUUUGAGGUGUCACUGUUCGCCGAGCUCUUCAACGAGAUGCUCCAGCGGGACUUCGGCUACCGCAUCUACAAGGCCCUGGCCUCGCUGCCCGCCAAGGACGAGAAGAAGGACAAGGACAAGGAGAAGAAGGCCAAGAAGGAGGUGACGGUGACGGCGCUGGCGGUGGCUACUGCUACGGCUACGUCGGCAGCGACGGCGGUCGUGGUGGUGGGGGAGAAGAAGGAGGGCGGAUUGAAACGCGACAUCAAGAAGGAGGAGGAGAGCGAGGAGCCGGCCGGGAAGAAGACCAGGGAGGACGAGGAGAAGAAGAAGAGCGAGGAGAAGGUCCCGAACCUGAAGAAGGAGGAGUCUCGUGAGGAAGAGGAGGGGGAGGAUGAAGGCAGCACGGCCAACGCAGAGGAGUAUGACCCCAUGGAGGCCGAGGACGCCGACGAAGAGGAAGACAAUGAUAAGGAGGACGACGACUCCACUGAGAAGGAGCGCAAGGAGGAGCGCAAAGACGAGGGCAAGGCCUCCAAGGAGAGGGCCUCUAAGGACAAGGAGAAGAAGCUGAUGCUGACCUACAAUAAGGAGCUGCUGAUGGCCUUUGUGUACUUUGACCAGAGCCACUGUGGCUACCUGAUGGAGAGGGACCUGGAGGAGAUCAUGUACACACUGGGGCUGCACCUCUCCCGCGCUCAGGUAAAGAAACUGUUAAAUAAGCCGGUGGUCAAAGAGUCCUGUUACUACCGCAAGCUGACGGACCUGGGGAAAGACGAGGCCCCGCCCUCCUUCAUCGACACCCAGGUGGAGCACCUUCUGGGCAACCGGGCUCUGCUCCCGUCCCUGACGGCUCCGCCUAUGGCCGAGUCCAGCGAGUCCGGGGGUCUGAUCGUGUUCAACGGCGCCAUGGUGGACGUGGGCAGCAUGAUGACCAAGCUGGACAAGAGCGAGAAGGCCCGGGAGGAGAUCGAGCAGAAGCUCAUCAUGCUCGACGCCAAGAUGGAUGAGGACACCAAAGCCAUGGGCAGCAUGGAGCAGGCCAACAAGGCGCUGAGCAAGGAGCUGGAGGAGGUGAAAGGCACGCUGGGCCUGACGCAGGAGACCCUGAAGACCACCGAGGAGCUGAAGACCACCUACCACCGGCAGAUCAACACGUGUGCCGGCAGCCUGACCUCCGCCGUCAAAGAGCUGCUGGCCACGCUCGGAAAGGACCCACAGGCGGAGGGGUCUCCUGAGGCAGAGAGUAGGGGCCCAACUCCCUCGGCUCAAACCAACGGCGGCGACAACUGAAUGAAUCUGUGAUGUGAAUUUUUCUUCCCUACUUGUAAAUAAGCGCUUUUCGUUUCUUUUUUUAUUGUGAUUUUUUUUUCAUUUGAUUUGAUUACACAACUAAGAUUUUGUUUCAUUCAAGUAAUUCUUUUGCUUAUUGAUGUUCUAAUUUUCUCUCAAAUGACACUUACUCAAGCUCAUUUCAUGAUUUGUGGUUUUUCAUAGCUUUGUGUGAAUGAGUACAUUUUCAUUAAAUUUUUUACUUGGACAUUGCCAUCAGGUACCACAUGUAAAUCUAUGCCAGUAUGUUGGCGUUGUACUUGAUGCCAAGAUAUUAGGUUCCCUGUUUAGCAAUAAAAAUAUAUAUAUUUAUUUGCAAGAAAAAAUAUAUUUAAAGAAAUAAAAAACUACUUUUCAACAGCGGAUCAUGAGACGCUGGCUCCAGCCGGUGUCACAAAAAACCCCACUACUUCAUGAAAUAUUCUGUUCUGUUAAAUUACUUAAUGUGUUCCAAUAAACACAUUGUACCUUUUCAGAAUUCCUCUGUUUUGCCCUGUUCCUUUAGGCCAUGACUAUGCAUGAUUCCCUUUCCACGAGAAACAUCCAUCCUCUUAAACUUUACUUGUUGCUGGCCCUUCUGGGCUAGAGCAUGGCUUUGUUCUGUCAUGUGGUGUGUUCACACUUUUAGACCUUCUUUAUAAGGGAAGAAUUCAUCUUCUGUUUGACGAGGAGGGAACUACUGACUACAUGGGAACCAAACAAUAAGCUUAAUGAAUGUCUCUUUGAUGCUGAAGGAAUUAAGAUUCAUAUUUUGAAAUUCACUUGAAGUCUGUACAUUUUAUUGUUUUGAAGUGUUGGUCAAAGAAGAGCCAAAAUCUAAUUUAAUCAGACCCUGUUGAAGGCAAUUUUUAUUUUUCUAUUGACAUUGUACUCUUUGGAUGUCUUGUGCUUGAUUAAAAUGGUUCAUUUAACACCAUGUAUUCGCACAAUAUAUAUUUUUGUGACUAGACAUGCUUUGUCUUUCGAUAAUGUGGAAAUGAACAGGGGUGACAAGUGUGUAAUGCCCCAAAAUGAACAGCUGGAGGCAGCACUGCUCAGGAGCUAAUUUUAUAACUUCAUAAUGAGCGUCCUAAAUACAUCGAUACUUGUUUCACUUAAAAGUAGAUCUGCGCGCUGAAAAACAUUUGAUGUCUUGUUAUAACAAAUAACUCGUAUUUUAGAUUAGAGACACACUGUCAUUUGUAUGUUAAGUUGAGAAGACAGGACAGUUAUGACUGCUGUAAAUAAAUAGAGACUUAAAGGUCCCAUGACAUGCCACCAGGUGUGGUGGAAUUAGCCGUUCUAAGCCGUUCUGCAAAUGUCAUGUGAUCUUUAACCAUGUUAGUUUGAUUGUCAAGCAAAACUUGGACUGCUUAAAAGAACCUUCCCAAACAAGACCUGUUCUGUGAUGGUCUUUGUUUGGCAACCGUUGACCUAAACUGAGAAUUUCAGAUGGCUCAAAACUUAGUAGGCCUGUUUGCCUUGUCAACUCUUUCAGAACUAUGCUCCUAAUAAACGGUAGGUAUAAUCGACCAGUUUUCAUAUUCCGUAUGAGACAAUUACCAACAUUUAAACAAUCUAUAUUUUUGUAAGUAUACUCUAGUUAUUUUCCCAAAUCCCUGACAAUGAUGCUAUGGAUCCAGGAAUAGGCCUAUUGAUCGCCUACAUUCCAUCCAAUAUAACUGAGGUGAGGUGACGUAGAGAGUUUUUACCAAUGUAUAUAAUGUUUUUUUGCCUUUAGUAAGGCAAUGACCGUUUCGAAAGUGUUUGGCCAAUUUUAUCUCGUUUUAUCUCAUGAGACAUCACCAGCAACACUUUCCCAGGAGCUUUAAGUCUUUGGAGUAGUUGGACGAUGGGGGCAUAGGGACUUUCCUGAAAUUGAUGUAAUGCUGGUCGCUGCCUUUGUCUUCUCUCUCGCCACUUCCCCACUCUCUGACUGACAUACACACACACAGACACACAAAACAGGGUGGGAAAGGAAGUCUUUCUUCCGGUCAAUGUGCAAAAAGGGGAUAUUGGCAAGAAGCUAGGGAACACAAGGGACCUUUUAAAAAAACCGAUAUCAUAUUACUGUUACUGUCAACAUUGAAUAUUACUCAGCAGCCACCACUUUAAAUGAA